UAUUCCUCAUUUCACAUUUUGGAUUGUUUUAACUUCACGCUGCAGCUGUUACCGUUUAGAUUUUAGUUCGCCGACAAAAAUGGUCUAUCGAAGAUUCGGUGUUAAUUUUUUUUUCGCGAUAUGUCUCUUCGGUGUUUUAGAAGAAGCGAAGAUGCAAACUGUAACCUCUUCAUCGGGAUCAUCAGUGACCGUUGAUUCUUCGAAAACGCAUUACUAUACAGACAUAAACAACGGAGAAUUGGGCAUCAGAAUUUUGUACGAUUCAAAAGUACCACGUCCUCGAAUGGAUGUAACGAUUUACUACGAUACGGAAGUUAAAAUUGCUUCAGAUUUCUUCCAAACUCAGUUGAUAGAUCAAGUUUUUCAAGAUUUCACCGCAUGCGGAGUUGCGUGGAAUUUCAUGCCAUGUGGAACAUCCAAAUUUGACAACACCGGCGUAUUAUUUUGUCCUGUGGGUGAAGACCAAUGCACAUUCGAUAAAAUUCACGCCUGCGUUGCAACUAUGUCUGCGCAGGAUCAGACGAAAAUUGGCCAAUUUGUCGUCUGUUUUUUCAACAACAAUAAAAAUGUUGAUCUGUGCCUCGGUAAAAUUGGUUUAAAUCCAGCCGAUGUGAAUGCAUGCGCAGGUCCUCAAGGCCAAGGGGCCACCCAGUGUAAUGCGUUCAAUGCUCGAAUCCACCCUAAUGGUAGCCCAACACCACCACCAGGACCUUCGACCGGAACAGUGACCACCGACGUUACGACCGACUUCAAAGGUGUCUUAUGCGGACAAUUCGCCGAUGUUAAUCUUCAAUGUAAAACUUGCCCACCACCAGCACCUCCAUCGCCGCCACCAACACCAUCAGUAUUUCCACCAACAGUUCCACCAACAGUUCCACCAACAUUCCUGCCAACAUCACCACCAACAUCACAACCACCACCAUCACCAUCUGGCUGAUGAGAGCCACCAAAAAAUGAAAUUUAUUUAUAAUAUUUCCCUAUUAGUUUCAAGUUAUACAAUUGCUACUUUUCUCUCACUGAAUAAAUUUCCAUAAUAUGCAUUGUA